GAGCUGCUGGGCGAGUUCGUCGAGCCUACCAUUCUCCAGUCGAGCAAGAAGAGCGGCAACGACGUGAUCGCUAAGGCGCAGACGAAGAUCAAGAAGCGGGCUGCGAAGACCAAGGCUGCCAGCAAGCCGGCGGCCAAGGGGAAAGCCAAGAUGAAGGCCCCGGCGUGCAACGCGCUGGACCACAUGGACAACCAGAUGGCCUACCUGCUCAAGCUGGACAAGCGGGCCAAGCACAAGGUGGACAGUUACGCGCAGAUAGCUUUGUACUUCAUGGUCACGAACGCCCCCAUCAGCAUCAACGUUGGCGGCCAGCAUCGCGUCGUCAAAGGGUUGGCGCAACUCCGCAAAGCCUUCAAGGCGGCUGUGUAUGCGGGCGCAUGCCUCACCAUCCGCCCGUCGGAUAUCGACUUCGAGGCUCUGGGGAUCGAGCUCGGCUCAAUCUCGACGCAGCCCGACAAGCCCGCCGCGAAGGUCUACAAUGAUUCCUACUUUCGGGAGGCCCAGGAAGAGCGGAAGCAGGACGCGAUCGAGUUCCACAAGAUCCUCACCGACACUGGCGUCUUCAAGAACCCGUUGCAAGCACAACCGAUGGCUUCGCAAGCGCUGCAGGCGUCCAUGAUUUCCGUGAUGGGCAAGCUGUCGGAGUUCGGGGGCAAGCUGGGAUCGGUCGAUGCCGCGGUCCAGCUGAUCUUCGAAGAGGCCGCGAAAGAGGUCGCGAAGCUCUUGCCUUCCCAAUGUGACGAGAUACUGCACACCCUGCAGUGCGCGAAGGACCAGGACAUGACCCACGCCAUCGUGAACGACGUCUUCUUGGCCAUCCUUCGUUCUGGGUGCUCCGCGCAGUUGGCGCGCUGCGAGCGGAUGCAGCUCUUCGGCCACGUCGCGCAGAUCGUCGGCGCGAUGAAGGUGACUGUGCAGAGCGAAGGUGGCGAGCCCAACCUGACGACCUACCUGCCGCCCCCUCUCUUGCAGUUUGCCAAGGAGCUCACCGCAGCCUUUAACUUGAACGAACUUUUCGGCCAGAGCAGCGACGGCGCGGCAUCGCUGUCGAACUUCGGCUUCGGGGAGGUAGAG